AUGAAGAUAUGUCUACGCUAUCUCGGUGACCCUGGAUAUCAACAAGGUAUUGGUAAGGAACUUGGUGUUAGUCAAGCAACGGUAUCUCGGACUGUGGACAGAGUUGUGAACAGCAUAUUUACACAGUCGAACGAAUGGACCAAGUUUCCAACUACCAAACAUGAGCUGACGGAAGCCAAGGGGGUAUGGCAAAGCAUGUAUAAAUUUCCGACAGCAAUUGGUGGUACACAUAUAGGAAUCCUGAAACUGAAUCGCCAUGGAGAUAUCAACCGAAAAGGAAACCUACUUUAAAUGUGCAAGCCACUUGUGAUGCCAAAGAGAUGUUCACAAGUGUUGAUGUUAGUUGGCCUGGAUCAGUGCAUGAUUCCAGAAUAUGAAGAAAUUCACAGACUAGAUCACAACUAAUAAAUAAGGCAAAUGUUGUACUAUUUGGCGAUGACGGUUAUGGUAUUGAGCCAUGCCUUAUGACUCCCUUCAGAAAUCCUACUCCAGGUGCAGAAAUAAAUUAUAACAAGCUUUUAAAACAAGAAAGAGUUAUAACUGAACGCUGUUUCGGCCAACUGAAACUCCGGUUUCUUAUCCUACAGUAUGUUUGCCGCGUAAAAAUGGAAAAUGUGCCGAAAAUAAUUAUUGCUUGUAUUGUACUCCAUAAUGUUACGAAGAGCUUGGGCGAUCCUGACUUUGAGUUAGUUGAACAAGAUCCAGAUAAAGAUGAAGUAAAUCAUGAGAAUGACGAACUUCCUCUCCGCCAACUAGGUCAACAAAUAAGAAGAAACUUGAGUAUUAUAAUAAAUAGUUUGACUGAUUAAAGUGUAUUAUAAGUUAUAAUAAGUUUUAGUUCCGUGAACAUCAUAAGUUACAAGUAGC